GUUGCCUUUUCCCUUUCUGUCUCUCUUGCCCGCCUCUCGUUUCUGUAGCUUUCCUUCCUGUCGCUCACUGGGUCUUGUCCCAUCUCGAGAACCCAUCAACCAUCAUGGCUGAAGCCCCCGCUGUCGAUGUUGCUGCCCCGGCUCUCCCGCCAGCCGCCGAAAAUGUCCUUGUAUUCGGCAGAGGCGUGUCCCUCGCUCUAAACGACGAGACCCUGAUCGUAAGAGACAGGGUCGUGGCUCGGUAUCACCGGACCAAGUUUUGUGGCAUCGCCGUCGGCGCCGAGCCUAAUCAGCUCCUGAUUCCUCUGUACACUGUGCUCUGGGCCGAAGUUGCCGACGACUCGCUGGUCGUCGACUAUGCCUAUGAGUCGCCUGCGAGACACAUCCGCACCGGGAAGCUCACCUACCCCCUGGGCGAGCUCUCUCCCGACGCGACACGCACCUGGGCCGAAUCUCUACUGGAGCAGGCAUACGGCACGGCCCAACGCUGCAAGCGGGCCAAGGUACUCAUCAACCCGCAUGCGGGGCCAGGGGGUGCCGACAAGAUUUGGAAGGAUCAAGUGAAGCCGUUGUUCGAGGCUGCGCGUAUGCCGCUGGACGUCGUGUGCACCCAGGCCCCGGGCGAAGCAAUCGGCAUCUGCGAGGGUCUCGACAUUGACGCCUUUGACAUCGUGGUCCCUUGCUCCGGAGACGGGUUGCCGCACGAGUGUAUUAACGGCCUAGGGAAGCGUCCCGACGCACGCAAGGCCUUGCGCCAGGUAGCUAUCGCGCACAUACCGUGCGGGAGCGGUAACGCCAUGAGCUGUAACCUAAACAGCACGCAUCUGGCGGGCUUCGCCGCUAUAGCUAUUAUCAAGGGCGUGAGGACGCCUCUGGACCUCAUGAGUAUCACGCAAGGGUCGACGCGGACUCUCAGCUUCCUAAGCCAGUCGGUAGGCAUCAUCGCCGAGUGCGACCUCGGCACCGAGAACCUGCGCUGGUUGGGUGCGGCACGCUUUAAUGUCGGCUUGGCAAUGCGUAUCUUUAGUAAGAAGGUAUACCCGUGCGAUAUAUCCAUGAAGGUCGUCAUCCCCGCGAAGGAGGACAUCAAAGCCCACUACAGACGCGAGCGAGCCGAGAGGCACUAUACGACGAGGAGGGAGAACAACGCGGGGGCGGAGUCUCUGGGAGAGUCCACGCAGGAUGAGACGGAUGCCGGGGAUGGGCUACCGCCCCUGCAGUUCGGGACCAUCAAUGAUAAGAUUCCCGGCGACUGGGAGACGGCGUCCCACGACAAGCUCGGAAAUUUCUACUGCGGAAAUAUGGCAUGGAUGGCGCCCGAUGCCAACUUCUUUACCGCCGCCUGCCCCAACGACGGACUUAUGGACGUGGUGUUCAAUAAUGGUGACAUAUCCGCUAGCGAGUAUCUGAAGCUGCUGAGCUCGGUAGAGCACGGGAAACUGAUAGACAUGCCCCACGUGUCAUAUCGGAAGGUCGCGGCGUACCGCUUCACCCCGCGCAAUCAGGAGCGCGGCUACAUCAGUAUCGACGGCGAGCAUUUCCCCUUCGAACCCUUCCAGGUCGAGGUUCACCAGGGGCUAGGGACGGUGAUAUCGAAGCAGGGGAUAUACGAGCAGUCCGGGCCCCCGGGCUGGGAGACGGCGGGUGUAUGAGUACGAAGAGGACGAGUAUGGGCCCGGAGAUGGGGACAGUCGUCGUAAUCGAACGGGCCACGAAGUAGACGAUGAAUUGCAUAGAUACCCAUAUAGACGAAGCGGAGACGCAGGCUCGCGGCCCUGUAGAAUAGGUACAGCAUUCGCUGUAGCGUACUUGGGUAUAUUUAGCAUUCCACAGCGUCCUUG